CUACCUGAACGACCUGGAGAGGAUAGCCCGUGCCGACUACAUCCCCACCCAGCAGGAUGUGCUGCGCACCAGGGUGAAGACCACUGGCAUCGUAGAGACCCACUUCACCUUCAAGGACCUGCACUUCAAGAUGUUCGACGUGGGUGGCCAGCGCUCGGAGCGGAAGAAGUGGAUCCACUGCUUCGAGGGGGUGACGGCCAUCAUUUUCUGUGUGGCCCUGAGUGCCUAUGACCUGGUGCUGGCUGAAGAUGAGGAGAUGAACCGGAUGCACGAGAGCAUGAAAUUGUUCGACAGCAUCUGCAACAACAAGUGGUUCACAGACACAUCCAUCAUCCUCUUCCUCAACAAGAAGGACCUCUUUGAGGAGAAGAUCGUGCACAGCCCCCUGACCAUCUGCUUCCCCGAGUACACAG